AUGUUGCUAUGGCUUCAGCGUCCUCCCCCAGUGUCUUGGCGUGGACCGGAGAUCGUUGUUGCUCGAGCUGAGAAACAGUCUCGUCUUCGACAGCUUUGUGUCGUCAAGCUAGUACUGCUUUGGGACCAAGGCGCCGAUUCAUGGAGUGGCGUGACGUGCGAGGACGGCCUCGUGGUCGGUCUCGAUUUGAGCAAAGAGUCAAUCUCUAGUGGAAUUGAUGAUUCGUCGAGCCUCUUCAGGCUCGAGUUCCUUCAGAGCCUGAACUUGGCAUUCAACGACUUCAACUCCAUGAUGAUUCCAUUGGGCCUUGCGAAUCUCAGCUGCUUGGCAUAUCUCAACUUGUCCAAUGCUGGAUUCACCGGGCAUAUUCCUACGGAGCUUUCACGCCUGACAAAGCUACGUACUCUUGAUCUCAGUUGGGCUUGGCUGAACCCUAAGAAGCCCAAUUUAAGGUCGCUGAUUGGGGAUUUAGGGGAGUUAAGGGAGUUGUACCUUGAUGGGGUUGAUGUGUUUGCUGAGGGAAGUGAGUGGUGCGACGCGUUGUCUUCUUCAGUGCCAAAACUUGAGGUGUUGAGCAUGUCGUACUGUUCUUUGUCUGGUCCUAUCAAUGCUUCCCUUAUGAGUCUUGCUAAUUUGUCAGUCAUCCAACUCGAUGGCAACAGCUUGUCCUCCACAGUUCCUCGGUUCUUAGCAAAUUUCACCAGCUUGAAAACUCUAAGCCUAGUCUAUUGCGGCCUGCAAGGAGAAUUUCCUCAUGAAAUCUUCCAGGUACAAACACUUCAGAUUCUUGACUUAUCAUUCAAUGGACUCCUUCAAGGUUCUUUGCCAGAAUUUCCAGAGAAUGGUUCUCUUAAAACACUGGUUCUUAAUCACACACCUAUUUCCGGGAGGCUCCCAGAUUCAAUUAGUAAUCUCAGGAAUCUCUCGAGAAUAGAACUAGUGAAUUGCAACUUUCAUGGAAAUAUCCCAAGCUCUUUCACCAAUCUCUCGCGACUGUCUUAUUUGGACUUCUCAUUCAACAAUUUUACUGGUCCAAUUCCAUCGCUCAGCAAGUCCAAGAAUCUAACACAAGUCACUUUGUCCCACAAUGGUCUAAUUGGUCCGAUUGAUUCAACACAAUGGGAAUCCCUCUCGAGUCUUCUUAUUCUUGACCUGGGAUUCAAUUUACUUGAAGGAAAUAUUCCUUCAUCUUUGUUCACACAUCCAUCGAUUCAGGAGCUUUUACUUUCCAACAACCGCUUUUCUAGUCAAUUGAAGGGAUUUUUUGAUGCUCCAUCGCACAUGCUGCAAAAACUUGAUUUGAGCAACAACAAUAUAGGAGGAGAACUACCGACAUCUAUAUGGGAACUCCGAGGGCUCUGCUACCUCUCGCUUUCUUCCAAUAAUUUUGGUGGCUCAUUCCAUAUUAAUUGGGUACAGCAAUUGAGAAAUCUUUCAGAUUUGGAUCUUUCCUACAAUUAUUUCUCCAUUGAUGCCAAAAAUACUGCUUCCCAAGCCUUUUCAUUCCCUAACCUUAAAUACUUAAAUUUGGCUUCUUGCCAGUUGACGACAUUACCUCAAUUUUUGGCUAAUCAAUCCGAAUUGUCCUCCCUCGACCUCUCCAACAACUCUAUUCAAGGAACUAUACUGAGAUGGAUAUGGACAUUUAGGCUUCUCAAUCUUUCCUCUAAUUUUUUGAAGAUAUGGAAACACUCCCAGAAAUUUUACUAG